AAUACCUCCAAUAUCCCAUAUGUACUGCCAAAACACAAGAAAAAAUGAUGAAAACUUAUCACAAGCCUUCAUAUUUCAUGUUAUUUACUACACUAAUUAUAACAAUUACUUCAAGUACAAGUUUUGUGCAUGGAUUAAACGUGAUUGAUAAAUGUUGGAGAACAAAUCCAAAUUGGAGGAGUCAAAGACAAUAUUUGGCUAAAUGUUCUGUUGGUUAUUCUGGAAAGAUGACUAAUAAUAUUGGAAACGACGUAGUAAUAUACAAAGUUACUGAUAAUAGUGACGAUCCCUUAAAUCCUAAACCUGGAACCCUAAGAUAUGCAAUGACGCAUAUUAAGGGAAAGAUUUGGGUAACUUUUGAACAAAAUAUGAAAAUUAGACUCCAAAAACCUCUUUUAGUCAGCAGCUUUACUACCAUUGAUGGCCGGGGAGCUAAGGUUAACAUUGCUGGUGGCGCUUGUCUAAUGCUUCAAAGGGUGACAAAUGUGAUCAUUCAUGGUCUAAGAAUCCACCAUUGCAAGGCACAAACUGCGUCAAGAGUCAUGGGACCUGAUAAAAAAAUCGUAAAUGUAGGUGCAGUGGAUGGGGAUGCGAUUAGAAUGGUGACUUCUUCGAAGAUUUGGAUUGAUCAUAACACCCUCUAUGAAAGUGAAGAUGGUCUGAUUGAUGUGACUCGUGGUUCUACAAAUAUUACUAUAUCUAAUAAUUGGUUUAGGACACAAAAUAAGGUUAUGUUGUUAGGUCAUGAUGAUGGAUACCUUAGAGACAAAAACAUGAAGGUUACUGUUGCAUUCAACUAUUUUGGUCCUAAUUGCAACCAAAGAAUGCCAAGGGUUCGUCAUGGAUAUGCACAUGUGGUUAACAAUAUAUACAAGGGAUGGGGUAACUAUGCAAUAGGGGGAAGUAUGAACCCAAGCAUUAAGAGCCAAGCUAAUUAUUUCUAUGCACCAAAAGAUGGAAAGAAAGAGGUCACAUGGAAAAAAGAGAGUGGUGUAGUUGGUGAAGUGGCUGGGAAUUUCCAGUCAGUUGAAGAUGUAUUUGCUAACGGAGCAUGUUUCAAUGGAUCGGGUUCAGGUCGUGGGUCGGUGAAGCCAAACUAUUCACCAGAGCAAGCUUUUCCGGUGGAAGAUGGACACAAGGUCAAGGACUUGACAAGGAAUGCAGGUGCUUUAAAAUGUUCUUCUACCUGUUGAGCACUACACAUACCUCAACUUGGAUGGUGAAUUGAAGAUAAAUAUUGAUCAAUACAUUUAUAGUUUUUCUUUUACUGGAAAAUGGACUCCAUAUAUAUAAUACCUAGUCUAAGAAUCUAACGAGUAGAAUUUUACUGGGUAUGUUGUUGAAUCAUAUUGUUGUAAGAAUCAACAAGGAUCAACUUUAUUUACCUUGAUGUACUUGUGCCAAACAGUGAUAUAGUUUGUAGUUAUUUCCUAGUACUAAAACUUACCAUAGUACAUGAAAAUUACCACAGGCCUAAGUGUGCUUGGUAAGGAGGAAAACAUUUUCCGAAGAAAAUCUAUUUUUCUUAAAUACUCGUGUUUAAUGAACAAGUUAUCUAAAAUGAGGGAAAUAGAUUCUCAAUGAAAGUAAGGAAAACAAGUUCUGUAAGUGACGAUUCUAUAUUUAUUUGUAUCCUUUCACCCACCGACACCCUUAAAACUCCAACCCCUUGACCGUCCUACCACACCCCCAUAGUAUUUUGUUAGAUUGCAAAUGUAUUUUUUGAACGACAAAAAACUUGUUUUCCAUGAAAAUGCUCUUCAUACCAAACACACUUCUACUCUUCGAUUUCCUUUUGAAGGAGAUCUCUACAUCAUAAAUUAUAGUGGAAACAUCCAAGUUUCACAAAUCUGACACAUCUAUAUUCUUGGGAAGAAAAAGAUAGCCUAAAGAAACAAGCAAAGAACAGUACGCUAGGAUUAUAAAGUGAGAAGAGUAGCAACUCAUUCACCAGACAGAAAACUUCCAAAAACUCACUAAAGAAAAGUUUUUUCUAUAAAACACAAGUUUAUCAACUUGUAAAAAACAAAUAAUCCAUAUAAAUUCAAAUUAACAUACAUAUAAAUAGACGGAGAACAAGCACGAUUUGUUUUGCAUUUAGUUGAAAAUCACUUUUUGCUGCAAUAUCAGGAAAGCAUUAAUUACCAACAAAUGGAUAAUCAAGAA